AUGUACCUCGAAGACCGAACCGUACGAUUACAACUCUGGGACACAGCGGGACAGGAGAGAUUUAGGAGUUUGAUUCCCUCGUACAUCCGUGACUCGAGCGUGGCCGUCGUGGUAUACGACAUCUCAAACGCCAAGUCGUUCCAGAACACCAAGAAGUGGAUAGACGACGUGCGGGCGGAGCGCGGCAACGACGUCAUCAUCGUCCUGGUCGGCAACAAGACGGAUCUGAACGACAAGCGCGAGGUGACGACCCAGCAGGGCGAGGACGAGGCCAAGAAGAACAACCUCAUGUUCGUCGAGACCAGCGCCAAGCUCGGCCACAACGUCAAGACCCUGUUCCGGAGGAUAGCCCAGGCUCUGCCCGGCAUGGAGGGCACCGACACCGCGGCCCAGGCUGCUUCGCAAAUGAUCGACGUCAAGACCAACGCCCAAAGCACACAGCAGGAAGGCUGCGCAUGCUAG